GGCGCGGGCGCGCUCGUGAGCGUUCUCGGGCGGCAGUGUACAGAGCUCGGCGAUGGGGAGCGGCGGUGUAAUCCAUUGUAGGUGUGCCAAGUGUUUCUGUUAUCCUACCAAGCGAAGACUCAAAAGAAGACCCCGAAACUUAACCAUCUUGAGUCUCCCAGAAGAUGUACUCUUUCAUAUUCUGAAAUGGCUUUCUGUUGGGGACAUCCUUGCUGUCCGAGCUGUACACUCCCAUCUGAAGUACCUGGUAGACAACCAUGCCAGCGUGUGGGCAUCUGCCAGCUUCCAAGAGCUGUGGCCUUCUCCGAAGAACCUGAAACUCUUUGAAAGGGCUGCUGAAAAGGGAAACUUUGAAGCUGCUGUGAAGCUGGGAAUCGCCUACCUCUACAAUGAAGGCUUAUCUGUGUCGGAUGAGGCCUGUGCGGAAGUGAAUGGCCUGAAGGCCUCUCGCUUCUUUAGUAUGGCUGAGAAGUUGAAUAUAGGUUCUGAGCCCUUUAUCUGGCUCUUCAUCCGCCCACCAUGGUCAGUGUCGGGAAGCUGCUGCAAGGCCGUGGUCCACGACAGCCUCAGGACAGAGUGCCAGUUACAGAAGGCUCAUAAAGCUUCCAUACUACACUGCCUGGGAAGAGUGCUAAAUCUUUUUGAGGAUGAAGAGAAAAGGAAGCAGGCUCACAGCCUCUUUGAAGAGUCUGCUCAUCAGGGAUGCUUGGCCAGCUCGUACCUCCUUUGGGAAAGUGACAGAAGGCUAGAUAUGUCUGAUCCUGGACGAUGCCUCCACAACUUCCGGAAACUCAGGGACUAUGCUGCCAAAGGCUGCUGGGAAGCACAGCUGGCCUUGGCCAAAGCCUGUGCAAGUGGAAGCCAGCUUGGACUAGAGGGGAAAGCCUGCAGUGAAACCGUCUGCCAGCUGUUCCAGGCCUCCCGGGCUGUCAGCAAGCAGCAGGUCUUCUCUGUGCAGAAGGGGCUCAGUGACACCAUGAGGUACAUCCUAAUCGACUGGUUGGUAGAAGUUGCCACAAUGAAGGACUUCACGAGCCUAUGUCUCCACCUGACAGUGGAGUGUGUAGACCGGUACUUGCGGAGGAGGCUGGUACCCCGGUACAAGCUCCAGCUUCUGGGCAUUGCCUGCAUGGUCAUCUGUACCCGGUUCAUCAGCAAAGAGAUUCUGACAAUUAGAGAAGCCGUGUGGCUCACAGACAACACGUACAAGUACGAGGACCUGGUACGGAUGAUGGGAGAGAUCAUCUCUGCUCUGGAAGGGAAGAUUCGAGUCCCUACUGUGGUUGACUACAAAGAGGUCCUGCUGACACUGGUCCCUGUUGCCCCCAGAACCCAGCACCUGUGCAGCUUUCUCUGCGAGCUCUCCCUGCUGCACACCAGCCUGUCCAUCUACGCCCCAGCCCGUCUUGCCUCUGCAGCCCUGCUCCUGGCCAGACUGAUGCACGGGCAGAUACAGCCCUGGACCACUUACCUGUGGGACCUCACUGGGUUCUCUUACAACGACCUCACGCCCUGCGUCUUGAGCCUUCAUAAAAAGUGUUUCCAUGACGAUGCCCCCAAGGACUACAGACAGGUCUCUCUGAUUGCUGUGAAGCAGCGCUUUGAGGAUAAGUGUUACGAAGGAAUCAGCCAGGAAGCGGUACUGAGCUAUGCAGAGCUGUGCGCUGCACUAGGAGUGAAGCAGGAGAGCCCAGAGCCCCCGUCUUUCCCCAGCACAGGGGAGAUCCACACCUUCUUCAGCUCGCCCUCCGGGAGGAGAAGCAAACGGAAGCGGGAGAACAGCCUUCAGGAGGACAGGGGCAGCUUUGUCACCACGCCCACCGCAGAACUGUCGAGCCAGGAGGAGACAUUGCUGGGGAGCCUUCUGGACUGGAGCCUGGACUGCUGCUCUGGCUAUGAGGGAGACCAGGAGAGCGAAGGCGAGAAGGAGGGUGACGUCACAGCUCCCAGUGGACUCCUUGACGUCACUGUGGUCUACAUGAGCCCGGGACAGCACUGCUGUCAGGAGUCCAGCGAUGAGGAAGCCUGGCCAGAGGACAAGGGCCAGCAGGCACCUCCAACUCCAGAUCUUAGGCCCCUUCUCAGCAACAGGGGAGAUCUGGGCAAGGACAUCACGACCUCUGGAUACUCCUCCGUCAGCAGCGCGAGUCCCAUCAGCUCCCUGGAUGGUGGCAUGGGGGGCUCUCCCCAAUCUACCUCAGUGCUGUCUGUCGGCAGCUACUCAAACACAAAGCCUUGCCACCAUCAGGCUAAGAAGUCAUGUUUACAGUGUCGCCCCCCAAACUCCCCAGAGAAUGGUGUUCACCUGCAGCGGGUAAAGCGCCAAAACCUGUCGGUGCACAGUGAUGACGACACGAACUUAGGCUUCUUGAAGCUCUGAGAAUGCCAGUGUUUGCCAUGAUGAAUGUUUACUGUUUACUGGGGAGGGCCGCUGUUUCUCUGGGACACUGCAGGCAGGUGCUGUAUAGACCCCAGAAGGGGAGUGCAGUGUGAGCCAUCAGAACGUCACACAAUGAAAAACUCAGCCUCACGGCAAUCAUGCCACACCUGUGGAACCUGUCUUUCUGCCAUCUCUGGGAGCAUGGCUCUCUGUAUUGGUGCUCACAAUCCCAGGCCAGGAGCAGACACCUUCCUUUGCAAUACUAGUGGCCCAGGUACCCUAAUACAGUUCAACCCCCCACUGCUGUCUUAUUUUAGGCCAGUGGGGAGCUCUCAUCUGAACAAAUCACUGCCCAUUUCAUCCCAGGGAUCCUGUGACCCUGCAUCUCAGUGUUGACUGCAGUCUGGUGGUCAGGCGUGAGAACAUUGAAGCUGGGGCUAAAGGCUCCUCUCCCGCUGGCACUUAGAACUCAGUUUCCAAAUCUGUUCCCUCAGAGCGCUUUGUCUGUGCACUGAAUUUCUAGGCCAAUCUUUCCCCAUCUUUAUUUCUAGAUUCCUUCUAACGAAAUGAAAAAAGGGGGAGGCAUUCAAAAUAGAAGGUGUCAAAUAAAAAGAUAACAGAUAAAAGGUAAUUCCCAGUAUUGCUGAGCUUCAGCUGAGAAAGAAAAUCUAGUUGUGCGUCGUGGCUCAUGGUGGCAGUCUCAGCAGCCAGAAGUAUGUGGCAAGAGGACCAGAAGCCCCAGGUCAGCCUGUGCUGGGUCAUAAAAGGAAACUUGUAACGGCCUCUUGCUUCUAUCUUUGCCAUCUUUCCUUAUGGAAAAUGGAUUUUUCUAGAGGAUAGCCAUAAACAGUGACUUGUAAUAUCCAAAUUAACAAAGACAGCUGGAUUCUACAGGAAGAAAGCAGGCCACUGGACUCGCUGUUUGAGGCUGGAUUCCACCGGAAGAAAACAGGUCACCAGUCCUUUUGGGCUGGCCAGAGACUGCCAGAGUGUCUGCUUCGUUUGGAAGGCCUUGGAACUAUGAGGCAGCUGGCCUCAACACCUGGGGAGUCUGCUGAAGGCUGAACAGAUAUGCUGACCCUAAAUGUAUACUGUUUCCUCUUAAGAAAAAUACCAGGAGUGCCCCCAAAAUAUCCUGGAGCCAAAAGUACAGGUGGAGCAGGGUUACUCGGAGUUCAUUGUCUGUGCUGUCCCCAUUGGCAGCUCUGCUACUGUUAACAGAAUGCUGACCACUCUGGCUGGGGCACACUGGUUUAAGGAGAGCCCAGACAUUUGGAUUGUAUUCAGCUGGGCAUG